AUGGCGUCUGCCAGAGCCCAGCGUCGGAUACCGCUACCGGCGCAGUCGAAGUACGAGCGUUACUUAGGAAGCAAAGGGCUCAUUUCCGAGGGCAGCGCCGCCGCCCCCCUUCCCUGGGCUGAGCCCCUCCCCGGAGCCGCGGCGCCCGCGGCGGCGCGCCCGCUUCCGGGCGGGGUCCUUCCGCGCAGCGGGCCGCCGAGUCCCGCCCGCCGGGUCCCGCCCGAGCGCGCCGGCGCGGGUCAGGCGAACGCCACGGGCAGCCCUAGCGGGGCCCUGCCGGGCGCUCCGCCCUUCCGGCGCGGGCGGCGGCCGAGGAACCCGUGCGUGGAGGUGGAGCUGGUGAUGGUCCCCUCCACCUCGGCUCCCUGCUCUGCCACGCAAGGGCCUGCCAAGUGGCGCAGCAAGGCCACAGGAAUUGCAAGGGCGGUCCUCAGCCUGGCUUGGCAUCUGGCAGGUGCCCUUGUCUCCCUGUGGAGACACCUGCUGAGCACACGCGUCUUUGCCAGGCAAAAGAUGGGCCCGCAGAGCAAGAGGUUCUUGAAAGUCGUCUUCCUGUGGCUCCCAGUGGCUCUGGCUGGUGCUUACUGCGCGACCUCGCUGCCGGUGUGGACAACGCAGGCAAAGGGACUGAUAGAGGAGCUGACACGCGUGUCGUCGGCAAACCUGAAGAUGCUGUGGAACUUGCCCGUUUUGGUGGCGGAGGAAACCCAAAAGACACGCUUUCUGCUGGAGGAGGUGGCUCAGCUGAGGGCACAGAUCCGCAGUUUGAAGGAAGCUCAGGAAGUGAACCAGGCAGCGUCCAAGAAGGCUUUGGGUGCCUACAUCGAGAUGUCUGACUGGGCCCUGGAAAGCUCUGGUGCCACCAUUGACACGCAGAGAACUUCCGAGACCUACGACUGCCAAGAGAAUUGGGGCUGCAGGGUUUUAUGGUUCUUCCGCGCUGCCAAGCCUCCUGAGACUAUUUUGCAGGCGGAUGUUUCCCCAGGAAACUGCUGGCCUUUCCAAGGGCAUCAGGGCCAGGUGGUCAUCAGGUUGCCAGCACGAGUCCAUCUGACUGCCAUCACUGUGCAGCACAUCUCCAAAGACGUGUCUCCAUCUGGGACCGUCCUCAGCGCCCCCAGAGACGUCGCUGUCUUUGGAGUGGAUGCGGACGGAGAAGAGGAAACUCUCCUUGGGACGUUCACGUACGACGUGGCAAAAGAGUCUAUUCAGACCUUCCCUCUGAAGAACGCGCCGCUUCCCAGAGCCUUUCCGUCUGUCAAACUUCUUGUGAAGAGCAACUGGGGAAACCCAGCGUACACCUGCGUUUAUCGAGUGCAGGUUCAUGGGAAGAUGGCGCAACCAGAGAGCCCCAGGUGAAACCAGAGAGGAAAAAUGUCAAACGUGAGAAAGAAGAAGAAGGGGAGGAAGACCAAAUAAAUCUAGAAGAUGUGGCAAUUGAGAUGGCUGUAGAACUGUAGAAGAUUUGUCUCCAAAGCGGGGUGCUCAAGACGUUCCACACUGCGGGAGGGGAAUUCGGGAGCGUGUGCAAAAUGUUAGAACUUGUAUGCAAUUUUUUUCUUAAAAACGAGGAAGAUGGGAAGCAUUGCCAAGACUGAACCUAGAGAGGGGAGGCCCAGCCUGUCAGCGCUCCUCCCGCCGCCCCCGGAGGCUCCGCAAGCGGCCCCAGCCCAGGGCAGGCCGAAGGGCCCGGCUUCAGUUCACAAGAGGGAGGCUGGCCCCGCCCGCCGGCCCGCGCGGGCUCUGCAGGAGCUCCCCCAGGCGCCCGCCCACCCUCUUCCCGGCUUCUCAGCCAAUGGCGCCCGCCAGGCGGGGACAGGCAGGGCCCCCCGCCAACCACCGCAGCGCCCCUUCUCUGGCCCCGCCCCGCUGCGGCCGCGUGCCAGCGGACGAGCACGUUGCUACGGGCGCGCCCGGAGCGCCAGCCAGGGCCGCGGGUUCGAGUCCCGCCGCUGGCUUCGAGGCCCGGCGAGGUCAAGGAAUGAGGCGCUUGCUGGCGUGAAUGCCUCACGUACCAGCCACAGGGCUGCCCGCGCAGGAGGGGAAAGCUGGUUUAAUGGGAAAUUGUAGUGAUAAUUGGGUUUGAAGUACGGGUGCUUGUCAUAGCUCUUUUGGUCAGUUAUUAAGAGAAGAAGAAUUUUGCCAA